AUGGCGGCCAGAGAAGCAGAGGGCGCCAUCUUGGUCGUGGGCUUUCCCGAAAGCUCGAUCAUGGCGUUCUUCUUCGCCGAACCUGUAAGGAAACAAAACGUGCCCGCGGACUCUCCCAAACUAGAGCCAACACAGCCCGAACACCGAAUCGACAGAUCAAAUCCAGAGGAAAUGGCCGCCUCUGUGCUCAAGGCCUUUCCGCAUCAACAGGGGCGUGUGCGUGUCAUAACAAUCCGCAACGGGGCGGUAACCUCCGCCUUGAACGGUAUCGGAAAGCAGGGGUACACGGACGAGUUCCUCGAGAGUCUAGGAAGAAUGGGUCUCGACUUCCAGCACGAAGAACUGGAGUAUGGGGAGAUGCCUGGCUCGUCACCAGCUGCUGACCACAGCGCCACCACGCCGGAUAACUCUAGUAACAGCACGCCGGCGGUGGCGGCUGAACCCGAGGAGGGCCAAUUGGGCACGCAUCCAGAAGGCGCGAAUGCGUCCCAGAAGUGGUAUAAUACUUGGGGCCUCGUUCUCGCCCCGACUGAGGAAGCGUGUGUCUUUGAACGAGUCUGCGCAUUUGCGGACAUGCCAUUCCCGGUUCCUCUGGGCCGCAGCUGGGAGGACGUCAAGACAAGCAUCGUGAUGCGCUGA